AAGUUCUAGACGGGGCUGUGUUUUUGGGUCGUGACGCACCGCGUUAGAGGGCGAGGGACAGACUCAUAUAGAAGUUGGGUGUCGGUUUCACGCUGAAGUAAUGAAUCCCGGCGUGCCAGCGGCAAACGGGCGAUUCUGACUGAAUUCUGUACUAAAGCAGACGUUAAAAGAGCGUCAGUUCCUGUGAUCCGCGUCCUGGGAGUCGGGACCGACUGACGUUAGCGCCUCUCCGAGAUACCCUAGCCCUGUUUACAGAAGCACGGCUCCUCCUGGCUGGAUACAGUUCUAAAAAAGGUGGACUAAGCUGAAGGCCGCGAUGGUGGAUUACUAUGAUGUUCUGGGAGUGUCACGAAAUGCUUCUCCAGAUGACAUCAAGAAAGCUUACAGGAAACUGGCUCUACGGUGGCACCCUGACAAAAACCCAGACAACAAGGAAGAGGCAGAGAAAAAAUUUAAGGAGAUAGCAGAGGCCUAUGAAGUUCUUUCAGACAAAAGCAAACGAGAUGCUUACGACAGAUACGGUAGAUCAGACAUGCCAAGCUCGGGCUCUAGUGGUUCUUCAUUUCCUGAUGACUUCCCAGGAUUCAGCUUCACAUUCCGCAGCCCAGACGAGGUGUUUCGAGAGUUCUUCGGAGGGCAGGACCCAUUCGCAGACUUCUUUGAUGAUUUCUCAUUUGGUGGAAUGCACAGUGGGUUUCACAGCUCCUCCUCCAGGCUUGGGCCCAGUCGCUUCUUCUCCUUCCCCUCAGCAAAUGCUGAUUUCACCUCCUUCUCUUCUUCGAUGGAUGGGAUGGGCAGCCUGGGAGGAGCAAACUUCAAGUCUGUUUCUACUUCCACCCGCAUUGUCAAUGGAAAACGUAUUACCACUAAAAAGGUCAGAGAAAAUGGCCAGGAGAGAACAGAGGUUGAGGAGGAUGGGGUUUUGAAAACAGUCCUCAUCAAUGGUGUGGAGGAUGAGAUGGCCUUAGCUCUGGAACUGAGUCGUAGAGAGCAGUCCAUUCAGCCUCCCAGACAAUCCCAGCAUCCACUGCUCCACCCCUCAAACACCAGCUCUUCAAACCCCGCCCUUCGCUCCUACAGCGCCGCCCCGUUCUACCACUGUCCCGAUGCCGGUGAAGAUGAGGAGGAUGAAGACCUGCAGAUGGCGCUGGCCUACAGCUUGUCGGAGAUGGAGGCCCAGCAGCGGGCAGAGGACGUGAUCUCAGGUGCUGGGGGAGGGAGGGGGAAGCAACCAGGUGGUGGGAUGGGUACCGUUCAAAAAAACCCAGAUCAGAAAGAAGUACCAGAUAAUUCAACACAAAGCACCCCCUCGUCUCCUGAGGAUAGACUGACAGAACAGGGCCGGGCUAGAGGUUCAGAAAGUGUUGUUGUACAGGACAAGGAGAAUGACAAAAUGGCAGCCAAUGGGCCUAAUGUAGUAAAAAAGAGGAGGAAGUGUCAGUGCGUGGUCUGUUAGUAAGAAUAUGGAGAAUAAUCAUGCUUGUGUGAAAUGAGCAGAGUUUUAACCUUAUGUUUUCAUCUUAUGGUUGAUUUUUUUGUUAAUCCUUCCUGAAGUUUUUGACUGUGCUUUGACUUACAGCUCUGUUUUUUAUGGCAUUGCACAAAUGACUGUUGAAAUUUUAUUUUCUUGCAUUGUGGUACGAGUAUUAGGUGCCAAUAUCAAAGGCAGGAAAUUUUACAGGAGAUUUUGAAGGAACUGUUUGCAAUAUUUCAGAACCCCAUGCACAAAAUGCCCUUCUUUCUGACAGAUAUCACUGAAAUGGGUGUCUUGGGAUAUUAUUUGCCAGCAUUUAUUCUGUAAACGGUGAAAAUUGUCACUAGUCACUAUUUUAGACAAUCAGAAAAACUGUCUGCCUGUGAGUUGUCUGGCAUUGCUGGCAUCAGGUUGACAGACAUGUUUUUACAGGGUGCGAUUUGGGGAUUUUGGAGAGCAGGUAUAUUGUUAGCAAAAUGGUAAAAGUUAAAGGGUUAGUUCACUCAAAAAAAAAAAAAAAUUGCCAGUGUUUUACUCACCCUCGAGGCAUCCGAGGUGUGUAUGACUUUCCUCUUUCGGACAAAUCCAAUCAAAAGUUAUAUAAAAAAAAUAAAUAAAUUGUCCUGGCUCUACCAAGCUUCAUCAUUGACACCAAAUAAAGUGCGCGCAUCUAUAAUAAAAGACACGACUUCGGGCGUGAAUAAAGGCUUCUUGUAGUGAAUCCAUGCAUAUGCAUUGAAAUAUCCAUAUUUCAAACGUAAUAAAUACUUCUCUCUCACACAUCUGACUGUCGUAUGCAGAAGCCGUUCCAGCGGACGUAUGUGCAGCGUACGCACCUCUGAGAUAUGCUAGUCUCGCGGGUUUGUUUACAGGAGCAAAGGAAGCAACGUUUCCUUACUUUAGCAAAGGAAAACCAGUCUCCUCUUGGCUUAUAUUGAAAUCCUCCAACAUUUUCCUCGGUUUAUACUUCUCAAUCUUGACCAUUUUUUUUUUUUUUUUUUUGUUCUCUCUCUGAAUCAUGCAACGCCAACAUCUUCAGUCAUCCACUGGAACAGCUUCUGCAUAUUACAGUCAGAUGAAGUGAGAGAGAAGUUUUUAUUACGUUUGAUUUAUGGAUGCACAUUUUAUUAUGGAUGCACAAGUUUUAUGUGACAUCUUGUGGACUAUUGAAAAAAUAAAACCUCUAGGAUGAGUAAAACAUAGUCUUAUUUUCAUUUUUGGAUGAACAUUAUGGCUGAAAUCUCGCAGUCUUGGAAAACCUGGAUAUAUGAGGUUACCCUAAUUUAAUUGUGAUUUAGUGUGAUUUCUAAGAUUGGAAAAGUAAUCUUAAUUUUAAAAAAUCAUAUAACUCCAUGGGAUAAAAAAAAAAAAAAAACUUUAUCCAGUAAAUUCUGAAAAACUGUAAAAGUCAUGAGACUUUUUAAUAUUGUUUAGAACAAUGGGUGGUUCUGGAUUCAGAAAGGUUUAGUACCACUGCUCUAAACAGUUUUUAUGGCUUGAAAAGCAUUUAAAUGGAUAUCUUUUAUCUGAUUAGUUGACGUCACAUCCCAUUCCCAAUGAACCUUCCAUUUAUUUUUUCAGCAUGAAACUCCGUUUCAUUUCCAUCCAUAUUCAUUAGUAUUGUUCAUUCUAGAAGGGAGAUUCUCUGUUUCGGGUCUCAGUGAGUUAUAUUUAUUUAUUGGGCAUUUGUUAUUCCUUCAAAGGUACCUGUUGAAUGUGAAGGUGAUGUUGUUUUUUUGUGGGGGGCGUGGAUAAUCAGCCUCCGAGGACUCAUGUGAUUAGCAAUAAGUCAGUGACUAACGGCUAGUCACUAAAAUAAUGUAGAAUCCAGAAUGAUCUUAGUUAUGAGGAAGUGCCAAAUAACUGACCGUAGAACUUGCAUCAUUAGUUUUAUAUGUAUCAGAAUUACUCAGUAUUGAUAUUUAGUUUGUGCCUUUUUUUUUGUUAGAAUAGGAAUGCUAGGCUAUUGCUGCCAAUGAUACAGUAUAUAUAGUAUUUCACUUGCCAGUUUGUGUUUAAGUUAGCCAAAGAAGCACUUUUUUUUACUUGUUUGUGCAUUUUGUUCCAUAAUAACUAUCAGCUUUGUGAUAUAAAAUAUACAAUCAAAACAUCAAUACAUGAACAUUUGUUUUGAUUUUAAUAAAAAUAAAUAAAUAAGCACAGGAAGAUUGAAUGUAAUGCUUUGUGAAUAUUAAAAAAAAAGUAAUAUGCUCAGUGCUCAAAGUGCCAUUUAAAUGACUAACUUGUUAAUAAAUGCUGUUUCAACAUGAUGUUGUAAGGAAUGGAGAAAAGGUGAGGAAAAAAUAAACUGUAAUAUA